CAUGGAUAAAGAACCAACAGGGAGUGAACUCGACAAGACGCAGGAAAGUUUUUUUUUCUUUUUCCAGCAGACAGCAGUUUUUUUUAGGCACAGGGAGCUCUCCGUCCCGUCCAGGAGCGACAGAGACAAGUCCCCGAAAAGUGAGCGAGCUGCGGGCGCACGGAGGGCUGCACCUCCGCAACGCCAAGGACACUGAAGAAUCGCAUCACUGAGGGACCAGAGGAGGAGGACAGGAAGGGAGAGAGAGAGAGAGAAAGAGAGCCUGAGAUAGAGACCCUAUCUCACUCUGCAAGUCUUCACAAGAUCGUGCCCAGCGUCGCGCAACUGCAGGACAAUGUCCAGCAAAGCGACCUUAGCAUUACUCAUCUAUGGAAUCAUAAUGCAUCACAGCGUCACCUGCUCACCUGUGGGGAUUAGCAUUCCAAGUUUCAGACUUGACAGUGAGGUUUAUGACGAGGACGGUAACUCUUUACCGUCCCUGGAUUAUGAUGGAGACCAAAUAGAGGUGAGAAGCCCUUCAUCCGUCAGUGACGAUGUCUUCUCUAUGUUCUACCCUCCAGAGAAACGAACGGAAAGACACGCAGACGGCAUGUUUAAUAAAGCCUACAGGAAAGCGCUGGGUCAGUUAGCAGCAAGGAAAUACCUUCAUUCUCUGAUGGCAAAACGUGUAGGUGGAGGGAAAACGCUGGACGACUCGAGCUCGGAGCCCCUGUCCAAGCGCCACUCAGACGGGAUCUUCACAGACAGCUACAGCCGCUACAGGAAGCAAAUGGCAGUCAAGAAGUACCUGGCGGCGGUCCUGGGGAAAAGCCUUGAAGACAUAGGUUAUCACCAAAUCCUACAAGUGAUAGACUUUGAUGCCCUCCCGGACGGGGAUGAGUUUGAAGCUUUUUUGGGAGACUGGCUGAAACAGUUCUCUCCUGAAUUUGCGGAGUUUCCUGAGGCUGUGUCCUCGCCAGGGCUUCUCACCUCUCUCCCUUUGAGUUUCUUUUUCUCGCCUUGUGAUCUUGCUUCAAAUUCUCCUUUCACCUCAUCUGUGCUCCCGUCUCACAGCUUUUGAUUCCAACUGUGUGACAACAAGCAUGUAAGAAUUGCAUUUGGCUCAUUUGCUCACACGAUAAGGCUUGUUUUAAUUCAGAUCCAUUGCGGGGAAAGGCCAUGUCCAGUAACUUGUAGAUAGCUCUUUGACUGAUUUAAAUUUGAAUAAAGAGAGUUUUAUUUUGACCACAAUGAUGAGAUCGCCACUUUUCCAAGCUAGGCUAAAGUCAAAG